CCCUCCUGCCCUGCGCUGUCCAAGAUGGCGGCGCCCCGCUGCCGCACGGUGCUGGUGCGGGGCCUGCCCGCGGCCGCCACCGACGCGGAGCUGCAGCAGCUCUUCGGGAGCAUCGGGCCCCUGCGGCGCGGCUUCGUCGUCACAGAGAAGGGCACCCAGAGGUGCCGUGGCUUUGGCUACGUCACCUUCUCCCUGGACGAGGAUGCCCAAAGAGCCCUUGAGGAGCCCCCGCCAUGGGGCAGCCAUCGCCUGACCGUGACCCCCGCCCGGCGCCGGGGGCAGAAACCCCCCCGGGGGGGGGCAGUGCAGGAGGCAGGAGGGAACCGCCAGCAGGUGAAGCAGCCCCGGCCGGCAUCCAGGAAAGCGCGUUUGAUCGUCCGCAACCUCAGCUUCAAGUGCUCGGAGGAGGAGCUGAGGGAUCUCUUCUCGCCCUAUGGCUCUGUGCUGGAGGUGAACAUCCCCAAGAAGGCAGAUGGGAAGAUGCGAGGAUUCGCCUUCGUGCAGCUCAGGAACGUGCUGGAAGCAACCAAAGCGCUUCGGGGGAUGAACAUGAAGGAGAUUAAAGGGCGGCCGGUGGCUGUGGAUUGGGCUGUGGCCAAGGACAAGUACCAGGCAACAGAGGGGACCCAGGGGGGCAAGGAGGAACCUGGUGGGGGUGGAGAGAAGAAGGAGGAGGAAGAGCAGAAUGAGGAGGAAAAGGAGGAGGAGCAAAAAGAAGAGGAAGAUGGAGAAGAAGAGGAGGUAGAAGGUGAUGAUGGAGGCAGCGAGGAUCACAGUGAGCAGGAGAAUGAGGAUGAGGAAGAGGAUGAAGAUGAGGAGGAUGAAGCUGUGAAGACACCCAAAAAGCGCUGUGGCCGAGGGGGUGCCCCCCCGUCUGAUGUGGGUGAGGGCAGGACUGUGUUCAUCAGGAACCUGUCUUUUGACACGGAGGAGGAGGCACUGGGCACACUGCUGCAGCGCUUUGGGGAGCUCAAGUACGUGCGGGUGGUGCUGCACCCCGACACCGAGCACUCCAAAGGUUGUGCCUUCGCCCAGUUCCAGACACAAGAAGCUGCCCAGAAGUGCCUUGAGGCGGCUCAGGGCGAUGGGGAGGGUGGGGGCCUGCGCCUGGACGGGCGCCUGCUCCGCAUGGACCAGGCCGUGACCCGCGAGGAGGCGCGGAAGCUGCGGGGCUGCAAGGAGCCAAAGCCAGCGGGGACCCGGAACCUCUACCUGGCACGGGAGGGCUUGAUCCGGGCCGGGACGAAAGCAGCUGAGGGGGUGAGCGAUGCUGACAUGGCCAAGCGAGCUCGGUUUGAGGAGCUGAAGGCGCAGAAGCUGCGGGACCCCAACAUCUUUGUGUCACGCACCCGGCUCUGCAUCCACAACCUGCCCAAGGCCAUCGACAGCACCCACCUGCGCCAGGUCCUGCGCCGCCUCCUGGGGGGGGGGGGCAAGGGCCCCUGCAUCAAGGAGUGCCGGGUGAUGCGGGAGCAGCGGGGCCAGGGGCAGUCGCUGGGGUUCGCCUUUGUGGGCUUUGGGACGCAUGAGGAGGCGCUGGGGGCCCUGCGCAGCAUCAACAACAACCCCCGGCUCUUCGGGGCACACAAGCGCCCCAUCGUGGAGUUCUCCCUCGAGGACCGGCGGAAGCUGAAGCUGAAGGAGCAGCGAACCCAGCGCAGCCUCCUCAAGCUGAAGCAGAUGCAAGCGGCGGCAGCAGCAACCCCCGAACCGGCUGCACCCCAGAAGAAGCCCCACGGGAAGAGGGGGGCCCCUGAAUUGGGGCAGGACCCCCAGGGCCCCCCCUCGGCCUCCCGGGAGCCCCCCCAGCCCUGGUCCGGGUUCCGCACGGAUCCGCACGCGGGGAGGGUGACGCUUCCAGAUGGGUCCACGAGGAGGAAGGUGCUGGCGCUGCCCUCACACCGUGGGCCCAAGAUCAGGAAACGGGACAAGGGAAAGGUGAAGCCCGCCCCCAAGCAGAAGCAGCCUAAGGCCAAAGCCCAGAGGAGGAAAGAGAAUCACAAGGUUCCCCCCCCCAAGGCUCGCAGGGAGGGCCCUAGGGGAGCCGAGGCCCGGUUCAAUGCCCUGGUGGAGCGGUACAAGAGGAAGAUCCUGGGCAGUGACCCACACACAGUCAAGAGGAGCAAGUGGUUCGAGAGCUGAGACCCCCCCAGCACCCAGACCCCCCCAUGGGUGCUG